GAGUCCGCGGUUAACAGUUUCACGAUUUGAAAAGCGAACCCAUCAAUAUAAGCGCGGCACGGUGGUUCUACACCGCGACUGCAACCACUUCUUCGAGUGAUCUUCUUUCUCCACCGGAACCCUAACAAACCAGCCAGCGAGAACUCGAACCUUUACCCUCAUGGAGAAUCGGGCCCGGGUUCGGUGCCCGGAGAAUCAAGAGCUGUGUUCGUACAUGUGGAACAAGUGGAAGGAAAUGGCGGAGAAAGGGGUUUCCGAUAACAUCGAAAUGGCGCUUUCGAAAGCUCAUUCCAAUGUCUGUAACUCCAAAAACCCAAUUCUAACCAUCAAGGAUUUCGCUCAAGUUAAGGGUGUGGGGAAAAUGAUAUUGAAGCUCAUGCAGGGGUUUUUUGGGACUGGUUCUGGAGGUCCUGAACCAGAAGACUUGACCAAAAAGGGAAAGAAAACUAAAGGAACCAAGCGCUAUGUACCUCAGAGGAACUCUGUGGCAUAUGCAUUACUGAUAACUCUUUACAGGGGAACUUCAAGUGGGAAUGAAUUUAUGCGUAAACAGGAACUUAUUGAUGCUGCUGAAGCUAGCGGAUUAUCUCGAGUGCCGAUUGCGCCAGAAUUAGGGAAAGGAAAACCUGGGCGUUUUGGAAGCUCUCCAAAGGAGUGGUACAGUGGAUGGAACUGCAUGAAGACAUUGAUAGCUAAGGGAUUAGUUGUAAAAUCAAGUUGCCCAGCUAAGUACAUGCUAACUCAAGAAGGUAAAGAAGCAGCAUCUGAUUGUCUCUCAAGAUCUGGAAUGACAGAAUCUCUAGAGAAGUCGGCUUCUGUCGAAAAUCCUUUACAUAUGGAUAAAGAAAACUCAUUAGACAUGGAACCCGACAGUCAUGACAUGGAACCAGAAGUGAUGUCACCAUUGACUCAGCGAAAGAAACCAAUUGAUGUUCCUCUUGAUUCCCUUGAGAGGUUUACAAACAUGGGUUACUCCAAGGAGCAAAUUGUUGCUGCUUUCACUGAUGUUUCUGGAAGACAUCCAAACAAAGAUGUCUCGUCCCUGUGGCCUGCUGUUUUAUGUCAUCUUCGAGAGGAGCAAGUCUAUGGUUCACAGCCAGAAUCUCAGAUUAGAGAAAAUAAUCCCCAAAUAUUGAGGACUAAUACUGUUGUAAAUGAUCCCAGCGGUUUCAUUGGAAAAGAGAGCAGAACUGUGAGUUCAUCCUUUGGUGGGCAUGUGGCAAACUUCUGUUCUCCUGAUAUUCCACCGCGUACCUUGAGAGCUUGUUCAUCAGCUAACUAUCCCAUGCAAAAGCCAAGCCAGGAUGGGCUUAAAUCAAAGAUGAACAUUUUAAGUGUGCCACCGUUGAGCUUAGGGGAGAGAUUUGAGGAUGCUUAUGAAGUAAUUUUAAUAUUGGAUGAUCGGGAGCAAUUUGCCACUCAGGGAUCACGAUCCAGGAAGAUUGUUGAGAACAUUCGCACUCAAUUCAAAAUCCAAAUUGAGGUUCGGAGAUUGCCUGUUGGAGAUGGGAUUUGGAUAGCGCGCCAUAAGACUCUUGACAGUGAAUAUGUAUUGGAUUUUAUUGUUGAGAGGAAGAAAAUUGAUGAUUUACGCAGUUCAAUCAGGGAUAACCGCUACAAGGAUCAAAAGUUAAGACUUCUGAGGUGUGGGCUGAAGAAGCUGAUAUAUCUUGUUGAAGGUGACCCAAAUGCUUCUGAAGCUGCUGAAAGCAUAAAAACUGCCUGUUUUACAACAGAGAUUCUGGAGGGAUUUGAUAUACAACGGACAAGUGGCUUAGGUGAUACCCUAAGGAAGUAUGGUUAUCUCACCCAAGCCAUUUCUCAAUAUUACAAGUCAGAAUUUUUUGAAGACAAUGUUAAAUGCUCCGAGACAUGUCCACCUUUUGAUGAAUUUAUUAGAAGAUGUCAAGAGCAUGAAAAAAUGACAGUUAGUGAUGUAUUUGCCGUCCAGCUUAUGCAGGUUCCACAGGUUACAGAGGAGAUUGCCAUGGCGGUGUUGGAUUUGUACCCCACACUUCUGUCUCUUGCGCGUGCCUACUUACUACUUGAUGGUGAUGCUCAUGCCCAGGAAGAGAUGCUUCAAAGACAGAGUAACAAUGUGAUCAAUGCAUCUGCAAGCAGGAACAUUUUCCAGCUGGUUUGGGGAAGCUGCUGACUUGCAUUUCCUUCUCAAAGAUAGGAUCAAUGCGUCCACUAACCAAGGUGACACAUACCUUUUUUUUUUUUGGCUCCGUGGCUUUUUGAGUAUUGUUGUAUAGGCAUGUAAAAUUAAUAUUAAUUAGCAUUAUAACUGGGUUUUAGUUAAGCAGCAAUCUGUAUAUUUUGUAAAGUAAAAUCCAGUAUAAUGUUUUUUUGUGUCUGAUUUCAUGUACCAACUCAUUCAGCAUGCAAGGUUUUAAUCUAAACUGAGAAGAAAUUUGUGGUAAAAUGUAGGCUGCAAACUUAAUGCGCAAUCAACUCGAAUAAUAUAGAAGCUUUCAGUGAUUUUAGUUCAGUUUUAAUAAUGUACGUUGUUGUUC